AGGCCAAACGUGGAUGAAAAGGCUUGAUGAGGGCUGUCAAAUUGAAAGAUUGAUUGAACUGUCACGUCAAAGUCCAAUGCAGCCCAGCACUACCUAUCUUAACCUACAUCCCGCCGGCCGUGCUCGCCUCCAGCUCCGGUGGCAGGACUCGCAACUCCCUUCCUAUGCCCACGAAGGUCCCCCGUCGAGCGGCCAUGGAAGACGAUCCUUUUGCUAGAGUGAUAGCACCUCCACAGAAUGAAUCCCCCGAAGAGAGAGACUAUCGGCUUCACGAGGAACGUGUCGCAAAGCAAAUCUCGGAUGCUAUCGAUGCCUCAAUCCUUCGAGAGCAAGCGGUCGAAAAGAAACGACCUAAACCCGUGAAAAUUCUAUUGCUAGGCCAAAGCGAAUCGGGCAAGUCCACGACGCUGAAAAAUUUCCAGCUUCUCUAUGAACCCAAGGCUUUCCGAGCUGAACGGGCAUCAUGGAGGGCCAUUAUACAGCUGAACAUCGUCCAAUCGAUUCACAUCAUUCUGACUGCGAUGACAAGGAGCGAGAACAUCCCCCCGACUCCCCGAUCGAGCUUGUCAUCACAGGACUCGCUCCGGUUUGACAGCGACCUUCUCGCUCUCAGAUCUCGUCUACAGUCUCUACUAGAAAUCGAGAAAUCGCUGCUGAAGCGGUUGUCACUUCCUGGGUCGACGGAGGUGGAAGCCACAGAACGACCGCUAACAACUCGACGUCGACAGUCACGGGAAGUUGCCAUCAACUCGUCUAUGCCUUGGAAAGGCGCUUUCGCCCGAAUGACAGGGGGGUCUAAUCGAGACAGUGUUGACACUGACCACCUCGUGGACUGGGACGAUCCGGAGGACCCCGGAGUGGUUCUUCACUCGCUGCGGGAAGAUAUGAAACGGCUUUGGGAGCAUCCCACCGUGCAGGCAAUCUUGGAGAGGCAGUCUAUCCGCCUGCAAGAGUCUGCCGGGUUCUUCCUGGACUCCAUAGAUGAGGUUACAUCGCUGCGCUAUGUCCCGACGGAUGAUCACAUAUUAAGAGCACGGUUGAAAACGCUGGGCGUUUCCGAGCACCGCAUGCGGCUGACUGAUCCCACUGGUGGCAUGAGUCGGGAUUUCCGUUUGUUCGAUGUUGGAGGGACGCGCUCACUACGGCAUGCCUGGGUCAGCUACUUUGAUGAUAUGGAUGCCUGCAUAUUUCUCUGCCCGAUAUCCGCGUUCGAUCAGGUUUUGGCGGAGGAACCCACAGUCAAUCGCUUGGCCGACUCGUACAAGUUGUACACGGCAGUUGUAUCAAACAAGCUGCUGCAACAGACAAAUAUGAUUUUGUUCCUCAACAAAGUCGACAUUAUGCAUGCCAAACUCAUUUCAGGCAUUCGGCUUGCUGACUAUGUCGAUUCCUACGGCAAACGACCCAACGACUUUGACAGUGCAUCACGAUAUUUGAAGAAGCAAUUCCAAUCGAUACUGAAACAACAUUCACCUAUUCCUCGGGUAUUCUAUUGUCAUUUGACGAACGCCAUCGACACCAAAUCCACACGAUAUGUUCUAGCCGGAGAUCAGAUCAAUUUGAUCGUCGUUCCAGUAGGUCUGGAUGUUGUAGUCGUUGGCGUACGCGGGAUGGCGUCUGCACCGAAGAGACGCGUCUCCUAUAUAAUCCCAGCUCCAGUGGACCCUGUUCCCCGCCUUGUGCUUCCAAAUCCAACCACCAACCGCCUUGGCCGUGUGCGCCCGCUAUUGAUCCCGGACUCCGUCCAGCCCGCUGCAGUCGAUUCCGAUCCUGGUGCACGCAGCCGGCACCCCCGCCACCGGCUAGGGAUCUCCGCACUCGCGCUCGAUGCCUCGACGCUGCUCACGAGCCGGCAUUCUCCCGAAGGGAUACUCUACACGGGCGGACGGGAUGGGCUCGUCAUAUCAUGGGAUCUCGGGUUUCCGAUGCGGCGCCGCUCUACGGAUGAGCGGGAUGUGAGGAAGGGGCGGUGGGAGGCUCUGACUGGGUGGGCAGAUGACUCGAUAGACGAAGAGGACGAAGGGGAAGGCCCGACCAGCGACGGAGAUGUGCUGGGCGAUGUCACUUCGAGUCUCGCACGGAGGCGCAUGCCUGGCGUUCGAGAGACUCCGUAUGAGGAGCAGUGGGAGGUCGAUCCCGAAGGUGUCGCUACGAGGAGCAGCACUUUCCGCCAGUGUGCGCAGAGCCAUACCGACUGGGUGAACGACAUACUGCUGUGUAAUUACAACCAGACACUCGUCUCGGCAUCGUCUGAUGGGACUGUGCAGGCUUGGACCCCGCAUGGCCCAAGCGACUCGCAACCCAGUCUUAUCGGCAGACACAGCGACUAUGUGCGCUGUCUAUCUGGCUGUCGCACUCAGAACUGGGUGGCCUCGGGAUCUUUCGACCGCACUAUCGCUCUUUGGGACCUCGGUCGCAGCCAAGCUAGCCCAGAUCCGCUGGUGACACUGCAGCCCGUCGACGCGCAAUCACCCAAGUGCUCGGUAUAUGCGCUGGCAGCUGAUCCGUUUGGUCAUGCAAUCGCUUCUGGAGGGCCCGAGCGUGUGGUACGAAUGUGGGAUCCUCGGUCAGGAAAACGAUCAGGCAAACUAGUGGGGCACACAGACAAUAUCCGCGCCAUCCUGCUUUCCGAAGAUUCCAAAUAUGCUCUGCUGAUGGUGAGGAAUGAUCUCAGACCUGCUUCUCUAAGUUAUCAUAAUACGUUUAGCCUCCAUCAAACUGUGGUCUCUUGCCAGCCAACGAUGUCUGCACACAUUUACCCAUCACGCGGACUCGGUUUGGUCGCUGUUCUCGGCACAUCCGACGCUGGAGACAUUCUACGCUGGAGACCGCUCGGUUUCGUCUCGCGGGUGGACGUAUCCAGCCUACCCAACGACGAUGUCGGCGACGGAGAGUGUGUCUUGAUUUGCAAAGAAGGGGAAGAGUCGCCUACGGGCAGUGCCGUGUCGGGGCAAGGUCUCGGGGGGAUCAACAAGCUUGUGGUUGCGGAUGACACGUUUGUCUGGACCGCGACGAGUUCGUCUUCGGUUCGUCGAUGGAGGAUACCCACCCGAGGCGCCACCAACAUGGGUGCAGGCGCGUCCAGUCCGCGUCAGAGUCCGCCGGUGGACGGAGAGAACGACUUCGAAGGCCGCUCGAUCGCGCCCUCAGUUUUGUCCUGGGAAGGCGAUGACGACGGCGACAAUCGACACGGGAUUGCUUACGCAAGCCUGAUUCGGCUGACGAGCCCCAACGACCCGUAUCCUGUCCGCAGCGCCGGCCGCGAUGCAGAAGUGGCCACGCUAUACUCCGCUGCGAGUGUUCUCAGUGUGCCAGCACUGAGAUCUCCCCAUCUGCCCUCUUCUCCGCAUGGCCACGUGUCAUCGCCUAGAGCACCGCCGCAUCCCAACUCCCGCGAGGCCUACUUUGGGCGUGAGCUGGCUGCGGAUGCGACGGCCCUGGUGGGGUCACCUGAUCCGGCAGGCACUCUUUCUGGGGAACGCGGGUUGGUCCGUGCGCUCAUUCUGAAUGAUCGGGUGCAUGCGGUCAGUGUCGAUACAGGCGGUGAGGUCGCUGUCUGGGAUCUGGUGCGGGGUACAUGCGUUGGAGUCAUCCCGUUGGAAUCGCAGGACUGCUCCAAGGAAGAUUGGGCCCCCAGAGAAGCACUGGAGAGAGUGAGAGAGUGCAUCGAAGGAGAAGCGGUGGUCAACGGCUGGGCGACGGUCGACACGAAAUCGGGUGUACUCGCUGUUCAUGUCAACGAACGCUCGUUCGAGAGCGAGAUCUAUGCUGACGAGGUUGGCUUUGCUGGGGAUCGGCGUUUCGGGGAUGAAGCUAAAUUUCCUGCCGGCUAUGCCGCCCUCUGUUUCGCCCGCACAUCAAGGCGCGUCGCCGCUCCUGACGCCGAUGAUUCCCCUCCCGCGAGGCAAAGAGCACAUACCGAUGCCCACUAUUCCGGCCAGCACCGCUGUAGACACAAACGAUGCCACCCCGAUGCCGCUCCAGCCGAAUCGUCGUGGCCCCUCGGAUCUGCUAGGAAGGAACAGGGCGACUACUUCAACCGGCCCAGGCACACCUCCAUGCAGGGCGGCGCGACACCUGGCGCGGAGGAUUUCUCGGGCUGGGGCGGACCCAGCAGCGUGCCGAAUGCCACACCAAGCACGCCCACCGGAUUGAUGGGCCGGUUGAAGAGUUUCGGCAAGAAGCGAGCCCAGGAGAUGGCGAUGCCUCCGGUGCCUGCAGCGAUGCCAGCGCCUGUAGUCGAGACUGUGCACCCCGAGGCAGCUACGAAAACGCAGUUGCAAAUCUUGCUCGCUACUCCGCUGUCUCCGCCGCCCUCAAACGAAGCUCCGACACUGGGCUUAAAUUCCCACGUGCCGCUGUUGAUUGAGGAGGAGAAUGCAAACGGGUUCACGGUGAAAUACCGCGGGACCAUCGGCUCCACGUCCGCCGAUGCAGCUGUGCUCGAAGAGGUGAUGCCCCCAUGGCUGAUCGAAUAUUUGCUGUUCCAUCGGAUGCCUAGCAGUCCGCCGCAGAUCAAAGUCAGCUUCGUUCUCGUUCCAUGGGCAGGAGACAACCAGCAGCAGCUGCCGGAGCUCAUCAACUCCGCACAAUCUAAAUUAACAGCGAGUAGGCAGCUUCGUGUGCGGAAACUUCUCGUCCACGUCCAAGAGAAACUGGAAAAACUGGAGCCUCCACCGCCCGAUGUGCCUCGCGCUCGGCCUGAGGACUCUUACGAGAUACUUUGCAACGAUGUGGUUUUGCCUAUGGAUAUGACCAUCGCCGCCGUCCGCCAGAAAACAACUGCCACUCCGCCACCGCGCGCUGUCCUACGCCGACGCUCCCCACUGAGCCCCGUCGAGCCUCAUGUGAGGCGGCCACCGGUCUCUGAGCCCGUGCCCGAGGAGGCUGAUUUGCUGGGGAGCGAUCUCCGCACCCCUGGUUCCACGCGCAAGUCGAUCUUCUUCUUCGGGACGCUGUCGUGCGGCGUGUUCUUCGUCGCGGCGCUGGGAACGAAUUAUCUGACCAACUACUGGCGCGAUGUGGUUCUGAGUACGAGGGGUGAGGCUGAGCUCGAUCUGGGGACGCUGCUCAGGGUGAAGGCCCAGACGGCCCGCCAGGUUCGUGUUCGCUUGCCCUUCGUCCGCUUGCCCAGUCCGUUCCGCUGCUUACAUCACGUAGAGCGCGCAGGAGUGGGUGAACCGCGUAGCGCAAGCCACGAAGGACUUUCGCCCAUCCCCCGCUCAGUCGUUAGAGGGAUCUGCGAAGCGGUUGCCAAUGCGUCUUUGGACUACGACGUGAAAAAGGUGUGCUGGGGAUUCGUCGCUAUCAAUAUCUCGGUGUUUUUGGCAUGGCGCGUCCCCCGUUGGACGGCAUUCAUGGCGCGGACCUUCAUCCAUUAUCCACUAUCUGGGAGGUAUCUGCCGAUGGUCACGUCUCUGUUCAGUCAUAUCGGCCUGGUGCAUCUGUUCUUCAAUUGCUUCGCGUUGACGGGUUUCGGAUACCUUGCGGGGAUGUACUUCAGUAUCGAGCAGGCAGACGGUCCGUCUAAGCUCCUCGAGUCGACGAACGCCCCGCACUUCGCGGCGUUCUACAUCACCGCGGGUGUCUUUGCGUCGCUGGUUUCUCAACUCAUACACACACGCGCCUUUGAUGCCAAGAAUGCGAUCCUCAUGGCUACGAAAGGCUUCAGGAUGCGCACAAUGGGGGGCCAGCUGGGCGCAUCGGGUGCUAUCUAUUCGUGUGUGAUGGUCGCCGCGGCCGCGCUUCCGCAGGUGUCCGUCAACUUCAUGUUCAUCCCGAUCAACAUUCCGAUCCGAUGGGCGAUGGGUGCCAUGGUCUUGUUUGACGUCGUGGGGAUCCUGCGGGGCUGGAAGUCGUUGGGCCACCACGCGCACUUGGCAGGAGCUGCGUUUGGGCUUUUCUACUACUUUUGUGGCCCGCAGCUCUGGGACUUCUGGCGAGGCCUCGCGAGCCUCUUUGUGUGAAACCGGAUAGGAUUCCGAGAGAUUGGAUACCAGAUUAAUGCUACAGAUUCGGACGUCCGAUGGCUCA